AAAGCCCAAUCUUGUUCCCCUUCUGUUUCAGAUCCUACACAAGAAGAAAAUAACAUUUCCGUCACCAAUUUUAAUAUUAAUCUGAUUUUUUACUGAAAGGGCAUAUGGAGGAAGGCGGUGGCGGUGGUGAUGACGGUGGCCGGACGAAGGAAGAGGAACAAGACGGAAUGUCAGCACACUCUCCGUGUAAAGCUCCCCCGUCUUCUGCUUCUUCUCUUCCUAAGGUUUGUCUUAAUGUUGAAUUGGAGCUUAGACUAUUAGAAGCUCUCGAAAUAUAUCCUCCCGGCAAGCUAAAAGGCAUGCAUCGCCACUUUGUCCUCUAUGGUCUUAUGGAAUUUCUUCGGAGAAGCUUUGAUCGGCAGUUUUCUGCAGAUGAGGUUUUGCAGUUAUUGGAGCGUUUCUACAACUUGGAAUUGCUGUUUACUUGUAGAUCGUGCUUUGAAUUUCAGAAACCCGAUGAUGAGGAUACGGAAAUCCUGAACCAUGAGGAAGAUUUCAGCUUGCCCCAAAGCUUUUUUGUGAAGGAAGAAUCAUAGGUUACACUCUUCUGCUGGUCUAGAUGAGCAAGAGAGGGUUAGUGCUGCAAAAUAAUUUCAGAGAGGUUAAUGUAAGAUAAUUCUUUAAUAAGCGGCUCUUGAUUUUAGCGUCCUCUGGUAAGGUAGAUGUGUAAAUAGUAGAUAUGAAGUAUGAGGAAGUAAGGAUGAGUUAUUACAUUUCUUGAUACUGAAUCCUCAUCUGCUGUUGUGGCUUGGUCAUGGUGUCCACAAGUACUUGUCCUGCAUAUAAGAUUCUCUCCCCCUCUCUCUUGAUCAACUUUGGUGUCUGCUAUUGUUAAUCUACAUUGGUUAUGCAACUGCUAAUGGUGGCUAGAUAUUCAAUUUUCUAGUCCCUAUGCAUUAUUGUGAAAA